AUAAACUGGAGUAAAGUACGACAACACACACACAAAUCCAAGAUGUCUGCGCCCAUAAGCAGAAAGUGGGAGGGAAGUCAUCCUAAACAAAAACGAUUCUGAGGUCUCUGGUAAGGGAGAUUCAGCAUUGUUUUAGGCAUAAAUGACAUCAGUUAUGGAUUCGACUGAUGAACAAGUGCAGUGUUGUCACAUUUGGAGCAUCUAGCAGAGUCUGCUAUUUCCUUGUAAAGCGACAACAGAAAACAGGUGUCACUUGGCCAUGGCUUGCAUUAGAUGUUCAAUGUUGGUGCCAAGAGUUGGAGUUAGUGUUACAUCAAGACUUCACUUAAUGCCCCCAAACCAUCGCUCAAAUUGGAGCUUGGUGUUGUCCAGUAAAGCCUACCAUUCCUGUACAACAAAUGCAUCAGACUUAAAGUACAAAUCGACAUCUCUACAUUACUGCAUGGAUUCAAAGAUUCUCAAAUCCACUCUACUGAAUAAUUUGAGAAAAGGAAAGUCCCUUUCAACUAUAAAAGUGGUUAGUGGCUAUGGAUCAUUUUCUACGUCUUUGCAAAGCAUCGCAAAAACUCUGGAUAGCAACCGGUUUUUGCGAAUACCAAGGGUGACGUUAACUGCCGGAUCUGUGGCUGCAGGAUCAACAACAACAACCAGAGACAAGGACAGAAUGAAGCGGAUGCAACAACUUCCUGAACUGAACGAGGAGGACUUGGAUGAGAUGUUUGUUCGAGGAUCGGGACCGGGGGGACAGGCUACCAACAAGACCAGUAACUGUGUGGUGCUUAAACACUUACCCACAGGUAUCACUCUAAAGUGUCAUCAGACACGAUCUGUUGUUGAAAACCAAAAAAUCGCCAGAGUGCUGAUGCGGGAAAGACUGGAUGUGCUUUACAACGGUGAGAACAGCGCCCUCUACAAGCAGAAAAAAGCACACCAAAAGAAGAUGAGCGAGAAGACACGACGCACAAAAGUGAAGCUGAAGAGACUUAAGAUGAUGAAGGAAAAGUUAAACAAGACAGAUGAGGAAAAUAAAUUUUGAAGAUCUUCCUUAAGUGUUUUCCAGAUAUAUUUUAAGUUUGACCAGAAAAUAUGAAGUGCAAAAAACAUUCAAGUUCUUUUUAAAAAUGUUUACAGACAUUUUAUCAAUGUUGUUCUACUAUCACAUCCUAUAUCCCUCAUCAUUUUAUUACUAAUAUUAUGCAAUAAACAGACAAUAAAAUUAAUGAAAUUAAGUCAUGUGUGUAAUAUUUCAAUUUCUUUAUUGACUGUCUCACAUAAAUAAAAGUGAACUUAUUACGCUUUUAUCGCAGACAUAAAAAUAUGUAAAACAAUAUUUUUGCCGAGUGAUUCCUUCAUGCAUUUGAAUGUUUUUUAUAAGUUUAGCUAGCAAGCUAGUCCAAAGACUCUUGAUUUAGAAUCUUUACAUUAUUGGACAUCUUGAACUGUUAAAAUCUCAACAUAUUUGUCAUUCACAGAAGGAAAUUGAAUUUACAUACAGCGGUGUUUCACCGAUAAACUCCUUAGUUCAAAAUUUUUAAUUUUGUAAUAUUUGUGUAGAUGAUUUGUUUACCUAUACAUUCCUACACUGGCUGAUUAAUCCGAAAGGUUGUUAUGAUAUCUAACAUACAGUCCUAGCUAGGGGUUUACAGUUUUAAUAAACUUACUGUACAAACAUGUUUAACCCUCGUACUGUUUAACCAGUUAACAUCUUCCACAUGGUUUUACACAGUAGAUGCAUUAAAUACAAGCCAGCAAUGUCAUGUCAGGAAUGCAUUGAUCUUAUUGUUUAAAGACACUGGACACCUUUGGUAAAUGUCAAAGACCAGUCUUCUCACUGGGUGUAUCUCAACAUAUGCACAAAAUAAACCUGUGAAAAUUUGAUCUUGAUUUUGGAAUCUCAAAAUCUAGUUCGAGGUCUCAAAGCCAAUUCAAAUAGUAUAGUGGAAAAUUACUUCUUUCUCAAAAACUACAUUACUUCAGAGGGUGCAGUUCCUCACAAUGUUUUAUACUAUC